GCACCACCUGUACAAUUCGCAAGGUCAAUAAUUUCAUCGCCGCAGUUGCUUUAGCUCCCAAUAGAAGCACACGACCGCAUUGUGUUGGCUCACGAGACCAUCGAAGGUACACAUUUCCAUCACUCUCCUCACCUAUCUCAACCCAUCGAACGCUCAGCUCCGGCCCUCACUUGACCGUUCCCAACACAUCACCCCAUAAGAUCCGACAAUCCUCUUAUAGAUCACCAUGUCUGCGGCUGAGGGCAAGGUAAAGAGCGUCUUAUCCGGCGAUACUCUCAUCUUACAAAACAAGGCUAAGCAAGAACGCACCCUCAGCUUGGCUUUCAUCAAUGCACCACGCCUUCAAUCGGAUGAACCCUGCGCAUUUGAAUCACGAGACUUCAUUCGGAAGCUCUGUGUUGGCAAGGUUGUUCGCUUCUCGGUAUUGUACUCCAUUCCACAAAAGGUGGGCGGGUCUUCCCGCGAGUAUGGCGUUGUGUUCCUGUCAAAUGGAACUCAGCUACCAGACCUCAUCGUGCAGGAAGGAUGGGCAAAAUUGAGAGACGAUGCGGAGCGGAAAGCUGAAACACCCGCGGCUGCCGAGUUACUCGAACGGCUGCAAGCACUCGAAGCACAUGCAAAGGUAGAUGAGAAGGGUCUUUGGAGUACAAAGCUUUCGUCCAUCCAAAACGUCCGAGAAUUGCCAGACCCGAAAGUGUUCGCAGAGGAGCACAAGGGUAAGGCGAUCGACACGGUCGUCGAGCGAGUUCUGAGCGGCGAUCGCCUGAUUUGCCGGCUUAUGGUCACACCCACACAACACGUACAAACCACCGUACUCGUCGCAGGUUUACGCGCACCCACCACUGCGCGAACAAACCCAUCAGACGGCUCCACUCAGGCAGCUGAGCCUUACGGGAACGAAGCCCAAGCAUUCGUAGAGGAUCGAUUAUUGCAAAGAGGCGUGCAGGUACGGCUUUUGGGCGUGACACCAAACAACGUCCUUGUUGGUGAGGUCCGUCACCCAGUGGGCAACAUUGCAGAUUUCUUGUUGAAGGAAGGACUUGCCAGAUGUGUCGAUCAUCACUCGACAUGGCUCGGAGCAGAAAUGGGCAAGCUUCGACAAGCUGAAAAGCACGCAAAGGAUAAUCAGCUCGGCCUGUUCAAGAGCCAUGUCGCUACUCGGGCCGGAGGUAGCGAGCUUGAGGCUGUCGUCAGCCGGAUAUUUUCCGCCGAUACCAUCUUCAUCAGACACAAGGAUGGUACCGAACGCCGCAUGAAUCUCAGUAGCGUACGUCAGCCCAAACCUACAGACCCGAAGCAGUCGCCUUUCAGUGCGGAGGCAAAGGAGUUCCUGCGGAAGAAAUUGAUCGGGAAACACGUCAAGGUCACUAUCGAUGGCAAGCGUCCUGCUACCGAAGGAUUUGACGAAAGAACCAUGGCGACUAUCAGUGUCAACGGCAAGAAUGCUGCACUUUUGCUCGUGGAGAAUGGAUAUGCGUCUGUCAUCCGACACCGUAUGGAUGAUACCGAUCGCAGUCCCAUCUACGAUGAGCUAUUGGCAGCAGAGGAGGCUGCUCAGCAGGACCAAAAGGGCAUGUGGAAUGCCAAGCCUCCCAAGGCGCAGGCUUAUGUGGACUAUAGCGAGUCUUUGGAGAAGGCAAAGCGCCAGCUUACAUUGCUGUCUCGACAAAAGCGUGUACCCGCGGUUGUCGAUUUUGUCAAGUCGGGCAGCCGCUUCACUGUGCUUAUACCGCGUGACAACGCAAAGCUUACAUUUGUGCUUGGAGGAAUUCGCGCUCCGCGUAGUGCGAGGGGACCGAACGAUGCAGCUGAGCCAUUCGGGCAAGAGGCACACGAAUUCGCGGCGAAGCGUUGCACGCAAAGAGAUGUCGAAAUUGACAUAGACGAUUGCGAUAAACAAGGAGGCUUUAUCGGAACACUUUACGUCAACCGUGAGAACUUCGCCAAGAUUCUCGUUGAGGAAGGCCUCGCAUCUGUGCACGCAUACAGCGCGGAGAAAUCUGGCAAUGGCAACGAGCUUUUCGCUGCGGAACAAAAGGCCAAGGACGUGCGAAAGGGCCUCUGGCAUAGCUGGGACCCCUCACAGGACGCAGCCAAUGGCGAAGAUCACGAUGACGGCGCAGCAAGAAACGGAACGUCUGGCCAAAACGGCGAUGGUCAUUUGCCACCUCCGGCGCGUAAUUACAAGGACGUGGUGGUCACCUACGUCGAUCCCAGCACUGCGCGUGUUAAGCUUCAAUUGAUCGGUUCUGGCAAGUCCAACCUCGAUACGCUCAUGAAGGAAUUUGCUUCAUUCCAUAUCUCGCCUGGAAAUGGACAGCCACUGGCGCAGCCGCCCAAAGCUGGCGAUGUUGUCUCGGCCAAGUUCACGCAAGAUGGAGUUUGGUAUCGUGCGCGCGUCCGUCGCAAUGAUCGCGAGAAUAAAACUUCCGAGGUAGUUUACAUCGACUACGGCAACACAGAGAUGCAACCAUGGAGUGCCUUGCGACCGCUCAAUGCUGACAAGUUUGGCAUCAACCGACUAAAGGCCCAGGCUGUCGAUGCUGCGCUCUCCUUCUUGCAGUUCCCGACUACCAGCCCGCAAUAUCUUGUCGAGUCGGUCAACAUGCUCUAUGACGUGACUGCGGAUCGGGAACUGGUCGCGAAUAUCGACUUUGCUGACACUCGAGACAACGUGUUGUGGGUCACACUCAUGGACCCCAAGGCUUCGGAUUUAAGCAAGAGCAUCAAUGCCGAGGUCGUCAGUGAGGGCCUCGCCAUGGUUCCUAAGAAGCUCCGACCUUUCGAGCGCGCCGCGGCAGAAAUCCUCUCUGACCUCAAGAAGCGCGAGGCUGAGGCCAAAGCGGACCGUUUGGGGAUGUGGGAAUAUGGUGACUUGACCGAGGACUAAGUUUUUUCCCUCCGCCACGAAAUGGACGCGGGGCGGCCUAGAGCCAAAAAGAAUAAAGUCUUCUCGUUUGGAUUAUGAGCUGUAGAGACUUGACUUGGGAGAAAAGCGAUGUAUCAAAUACCAAUUAAAAAGCAAUUCCGCAUUUCAU